CAAUGUUACAACCUCUGUUGCUUCAGUUUGCGUGCACAUCACCAGCAUCCUGUAGGCAGGUACAAGAAAAAAACCUGUUGAGCUGUGCCUUUUCCUGCCACUUUCACACCCUCUGGCCUGAUGUGGACUGUGCCUGCUGCGAGCCAGGCAGCAACUGAAAAGCAUCAGGGUAUCACAUUACGUUAGAUCCUUCCAGCUUCGAGUAAUUAACUCAGUCCAUUUUAUAGAACUGGGAUGAUUUUGAAGAAAUUUCAAUGGAAUAUAUAGGCAAUUCCCUGGCAAUCAGCAAAGCAGUAGCAGUUCAUGGAUCUGCCCUUCACAAACCUUGAAUUAGCUUUCAUCUUGCUGGCUUUUGUCAUUUUCACCUUGUUUACCCUGGCUUCUAUCUACAGUGACUCCCAUGACAACAAAGAAGAGGAAAACUAUGCACAGGAAGGAUACAAGAAAAGGAGCAAAUCCAAGAAGAAAAAGAAAUGUUCAAGUAUGACUGAAGUGGUUUAGAAUACUACCCAGGUCCACUGUUGGAAACACUUCUGAAAGAGGCAGUUCUGGAAGCUGGUCACCUGAAGACAGUGAGAAAACGGAUGUGAGAAAGGAAGGACCUGAUCAUCCAUCAGACGGAAUCCAGACGUGACAAUUAGAGUUAAUGAACCACGACCCAUGAAGCUGCCUCAGCACCUUUUUACAACCCCACUUCAUGGCCUUAAUAAAAGUACCAGGGCUUAUUUUACAGAGCACAUCUGCUCUAAAUUCUCAAAGGAGAAACUCUGCAUUCAGAAGUUAUGUUUGGUUUCUUCACCACUUUUCAGUCAUAUAUAAAGAAUAUUUAACAGCUGUGUAUUUACUUUUCUAUCUGUUCAGUCAACAGAACAUAGGAAGAUAAUUUUUUUCAUAUAAUAAGACUGCAUUGUUAUAAUAGUCAUUUAGUUACAUUAACAUAAUAAGCUCCUGAGGAUGACUGAAAAGUACCAGGCAAUUUUUUUUGUUUUAUUUCUCCAAUGUAAUGGCAUCUAUAUGCAAUAUUGCCUUUGAUUUCAGAUAUUUAGAAAUAGUGUGCUCUACAAAAAUCAGGUUGAUUUGCUGCUUUUCAAAUAUGUCUCACUCAGCCUUGGUACUGGAGUCUUCAAUUUCUUCACAGAGCAAGUAUGGCUAAGCAAUCAAUACCUCUUCCUCCCCUAAGUCCGGAAGAUCUGCUGAACUUCUAAGCCUGAGGUUGAAACUGGUCUUUCUUGCCUUACAGACAAAGGAUUUCUCCAGUUAUCCGGUUUUUGGAUCCUACCCAUUUCCUUAGGUCUCGACUACCAAUUCAAUACCCACAUUGCCUCUUCUGUCCAGAAGCAAAAAGAAGCCAAGGGGAAGGACAAAGUAGCUCAUAGAUUAAUUGUUAGAAGACUCCCUUUGGCAUAGUAGGAGAUUACUGGAAGAGCUCUGGGAUGGACUUUAAGGAAUAAUAUAUACAGGGAAGAAGUAAUUUUGUUCCUCACUACAGUAACAUGAGUGAAAAUAUGACGAAAUUGACCCUGUUGUAUCACAAAGCUUCAGAUGGCAGUUGUUGAGAAGCCUAAUUAUGAUGUAUUGCUUUCAGAUUGUCAGUGUUUUUCAGGAAAGAGAAUACCUUCUUUUGAUAUUAACCACUAAUUUAAAAAUCAAUCAAUCUGCAUAUUAAUGCACGACUGAAUAAAUGCUAGAGUCAUUUGUCGGAAGGAUACUAUAUUUUGUCAUUACAUUAUUGGUCAGCCAAGUGUGAUAUGUAUACAGUGCUAGCACAAAAAUUAUUUUCCCAAAACAAAUCAAUUCCCUAUGAAAACUGAUAUCUAAAUUACCAUUGCUUUUUGGUAAUGGUAGACAAUUCCAGGAACACUUGUCCAGUUUGGCCCUUGUCAAAGCCUCCUACAGUAAAAUAUAUAAUUCUUCUCUUUUUAUAAUAAGCAGAAAAUAUCAACACGUUCAGGAGACAUUCUGCUUUGUUUGUAGGAACUCAGUGGGAGCCUGUGCCUCAUAUAGACUUUGACACUGAGUUCCUGCAGCUUGGUUCAGAAACCUGCAAAGGCAAGAUAGUAAGAGCUCGGGAGUGGUGUCUCAUGGACAGCUGCAUUCCAGUUCCCUAUUCUUAGUGAGUUAAAAAGUGAUUGGUCACAUCCUGCUUCUAGGGAAGAAAAAGACCCUCAGCAGACAGCACCUGUUUAACUCUGAACUGAAAGAAAACCACCAUUCAGAAGAGUCCAGUUUGGUCUUGCACAUGGAAAUGUCUGUGGUGCAGGACUUCAUUGGUAGCUGUUGCCUUUCAAGGGAAGUGGCUCACAGAGCUUUGUAUUAAAAUUUUUUUCUAUACUUUAAAUACAGAUUAAAUAAUAAACCACUUAAUUUUAUUCUAGCAAAGUUUUCUCAAAUAAAAUUAAAAAAAAAGUCUUACAUUGUUUUAAAUGGCUUGGUAAUAAAAAUCCCUGAAACUGUUACUCUUAGUGUACAUACUAUUGAUAAGACAAGUUCAGGUUUAUUUUCUUUCCUUGUUUGUUUGGUUUUUGGUUUAACCUUCCUAGAGCUCAUUAAACGUAUUGAAAUCACAGUCAAACUAGUGAAAAAAUAAUAUGUGAAGCUUAAAAACUAGCAAAAUUUAAAAAUUAUUGAAAUAGUGUUUGCUAUAAAUACCUUCUGCCUUGCUUAAACACCAAAUUAUUUUUGCAAAUUUGUGUUCAGAGAACAUAUACACCAUAGUGAAUAAACCACCCACAGACUGAAUGAUGUUUUAAAUGCCCACUACUUUAAUAAUUUCCUUCAAGCCAAUUCUACUUCAGUAACUAAAGAACAUAUAACAGAAGAAAUAAUUGGUUUUAACUUCAAGUGUCAUAUAAAAACAUUUAAUGGAAGAUCUCUAUGUAAACAAAGCUUUCUAUGAGAAAAUGCUCUACUAGACAUUUGUGGUUUCAUGAGCUGUUUACAAGUCAUUCUAUUCUAACACUUUUUAUUUAAAAGUAACAGGAAAUUGUGUUUCAUCAUAAACUUUGUUUCUUUGGGUUUUAAUUAAUUUAAUUAUUUUUUAAAUUAUUGUUUUGAUUACAUUUAAUAUACAAAGCAGUCAUUUUGAUUGAAAACUCUGUUCCUCAUCCAAAAUUCUCGUCCGAAAUAACUCAUGUUUAUAGGGAGACACAGCAAGGAAAAAAAAUAUUAGGUGUUGACUUAAAGAUACGAGAGCACUUAACUCAGAAUUGUGCCUUGGAACAGCCAGAUCAGGCAUGAACAUUCAAUCCUUCUUGGCAGCUACAGUCCAAGUUUUUGUAUACAUUCUAACCAAAACUAAAGUGAACUUUCCAGUUUCUCAAUUAAUAGAAGAUAUACAGAACCAACCUCCCAGCACAGUACGUAUAUUGAAAAAUGUCAUGUGUACUAAUUAAAUUACAGUAUUAAAAAAAAAAAAAAA